AUGACGGCCAAGAAGAAGAACGGAGCAGGCAGUGCGAAGGGUCAGGAGGAGGAGUCCUCGCCAAAGGCCGCGGCGGGGCACAAGCACGAGCGUGCGGCCUCGACGGACGACGUGCUCAAGCAUCCAUCGACGAAGCGGGCCAAGGAGAUUGACAGCACCGAGAACCCGAACGACGAGCUGAGGCAGCUGAUGGAGAAGCAUGACACUGACGACAACAACAAUGACGACGACAACAAUGACGGCGACAAGGUGCGCAACGUCCUCCACUGGUUCCGCAGCAAGGACCUCCGCGUCGAGGACAACCGGGCGUUGCACGCGGCUGCGGAGAAGGCGGCCCAAGGUAAAGGAGGUGGAGGAGGGGGUUGCCUGCUCGCGUGCUUCCUGUACUCGCCCGAGGAUCUCGAGUGGCACGGCACCAGCCCGGCCAGGACGGACUUUAUGCUCGAGGGUCUGAGGAUCGUGCAGGAGCAGCUCGCGGACGACCUCCACGUCCCGCUCGUGUUCCUGACGGCAGAAGAGCGCGGCAUGAAGACGGACCGGGUGCUCGAGUUCAUCAGGGACAACGACGUCAGCCACGUGUACGCCAACAUCGAGUACGAGGUCGACGAGCUCCGGCGGGACAUUGACAUGUUCCACCAGCUCGACGGGCACGGCGUCAAGCUCGUGCUGCACCACGACCAGACAGUGGUCGGGCCGGGCAGGCUCACCACGGGCGCGGGCGGGCCGAUGAAGGUCUUUACGCCGUACCACAAGGCCUGGCUCGCCGAGGUCGCCAACGAGCCGGAGCUCAUCGACACGCUGCCCGCGCCGAGGCCCAACGACAAGGCCGUCAAGAACGGCGGCAAGACCAAGAAGCUGUUUGGAUCACCGCUGCCCGGCAUCCCCGAGUCCAAGCAGUACGCCUCGGACGACGAGAAGAACCGCCUGCGCGAGCUCUGGCCCCCCGGCCACGCCGCGGGCAUCAAGCGGCUGCACGACUUUCUGGACGCCAAGGUCGACACGUACUCGACCAACCGGUCCAACCCGGCCGCGGACAACGCGAGCCGCAUGUCGGCGUACUUCUCGUCCGGGAUGGUCUCGGUCAGAGAAGCCCUCGACGCGACCCGCCAGCGCAAGGGCGGCGGCGGCGGCGGUAGCGGAAAGAAAGGCGGCUCCGCGGUCGACUUUUCCCAGUCCGGCCCCGGCGGCGGCGGCGUCGCGGCGUGGGUGCGCGAGAUUGUCUUCCGCGAGUUCUACCGGCACAUGAUGGUCGUGCUGCCGCACAACAGCAUGAACCUGCCGCAGAACCUCAAGUUCGACUUUGUCCAGUGGGAGGAUGACGAGGAGGGCUGGAGGAAGUGGUGUGAGGGGAAGACGGGGAUGCCUUUUGUCGAUGCCGGGAUGAGGCAGAUCAACCACGAGGCAUACAUGCACAACCGCCUCCGGAUGAACACGUCCUCGUACCUCUCGCGCAGCCUGCUCAUCGACUACCGCCGCGGCGAGCGGUACUUUGCCGAGCACUUGAUCGACUGGGAUCUGUGCAACAACACGCAAGGGUGGGAGCCCAGCUACACCGUCUUCAACCCGGUCACGCAGGCCGAGAAGAACGACCCGGGCGGCGACUACAUCCGCCGGUGGGUGCCCGAGCUGCGCGGCGUCGAGGGCAAGGCCGUGUUUGAUCCAUACAACCGCCUCAGCAGGGAUGAGUUUGACAAGCUGGGGUACCCAGCGCCGCAUGUAGACUUCAAGGAGAGCAAGGAGAGGUGUGUGCAGCGGUACAAGCAGGACAUGGCAGAUGCUGAUCCGUGA